AUCAUGGCAGCCAGCCGUUAUCAGAGAGAACAAUUACAGCCUCAUCCGCUCUGACUAUCAGCGCUGAUGAUCUGCACAGAUUCACAUGACAGCUAAAUAAAUAUGUAAAGGUGCUGUUCUGGAGAUCCUGCAGAUACUUACAAGCUCUCUGAGGAAAACUACAGCGCCAGAGGAGAUGAUAAUGAUUUUCUUUUUGUGUUCCAUGGAAGAAGGAAAGGUGAAAGCCAUGAAGAAACGCGACACAUCACCGGCGCUUAACAUCCUUCACCUUUUGCUCUGUGGGCUUUUGCUGCAUUCCCAGGCUGCGUGUUGCUGACGGCGCUCCUGAUGCUGCUGUGUUCUUCUCCAGGAGGAUUAGACACUUCCUGAAUUACAUGUUGUCGGGCAUGAGGAGGGUUGUUUGCAUCUGAAUACUCUCAUGUUCAGAACGAGCAAUAAGAUGGGAGACUUUAUCAGAACUGGCCACUAAUUAACAGAAAUCACAGUAACUAUUGCAUAGAGGGAUCUUGUUAAAUCGAAAAGCAGAGUGAUCAGGGUGGCAAAGUGCUAAUUAAGCUCCGAAUGGGGGGGGGGCUGCAUCAACAGAGCACAGGGAUGAUCCUUCGCUGUCUGUUUACAUCGCUGCAGUGUAUUCUGGGAGGUCACCCCACAACCUGGGGCAGGCGUACUGUUCUGCUGCUCCGAAAAAAAAAAAAUGUGUAAGACAGAUAAAAACAGCACAUCUAAAUCCCUUCGGCUCUGUGUUUACGGACGUAGAUGGCUUUAUCUGCACUAAUGUCAUCAACAUUUAAAACAGGACACUUUAUUUCCCAGAACUGAAGCCUUUCCACACAAUAUGUGUACUGUGAGUUAUUUGUUGCUGCAACAGAAGCACAGAUUUUCUGUUACAUGAUGGAAAGGGAUCCUCAUUGGUAAGAAAAGUCUCUUUAAUGACCCAUUUGUUUCUUCCAGACAGAAAUAUGGUAACUGAGUCUCAGAUUUUUCUGCUCCUCUAGUGUUUCUCAAAAAUGUACCAAAAGAUACCAAAAGUGAAAAAGCUCAACAAAUCCUUAAUAGGCCUUCUUUGUAGAUAUUUCUUGUGAGGAAAAAGUCAAAUCUUGUCAUCUCAGAAGUUUCAGAGGAGAUCUCAAAAAUGUUCCAAUAUGCCAAAGUCUGCAAUUAGAUAUCAGCAAUCUCUGAAUGAACAUGUCUCAACAGAUUCUUGUUGUUCUUUUUCUCUUGAGAAAACGACUUCUGUCAUCUUGCAUGUCGUUCCUCUAGAGUUUCAGAAGAGAUCACAAUUUCUCAAAAUGUGCUCAAGAUUUGUCAAGAUAACAGGGUCUGCUCUCAAAGUGUAUAAGAAGAGAUCACGUCUCAAAAUGUGCUCAGAUACCAACAAGAUACCAAGGUCUUAUCCCAAAGAGAGUCUAGAGUUUCAGAAGUGAUCACAACGUCUCAAAAUGUGCUCAGAUACCAACAAGAUACCAAGGUCUUCUCUCAAAGCUGAGAGAUUGGAGAAGAAUUAGAGAACAAUUGAAGGAAACAAAAAGAAAUGUAUGAGAAGGUGGAGGGGCAAGAGGAUCAGACAGACAGGUGGAACCCAGACUCAUCUCAUACACAGAUGAACAUGUGGACAAACCAUCACAGUGUACACAGCAAGAUUUAACAGUCACAAGCCCGUCAGAUAUGGAGAACUGUCCCUCGUCUCAGCUCACAGAUCAGAGGCUUCUGUUCUGGCCUGCAACAACUUUUCCUGCAUUAAAACAGGUCUGACAGAACUUUCCAAAGCUUUCUGAUGGCGUUCAGCAUUCGCCUCGGGGGAAAAUAACAAGCUGGUUGCUCACUUUGUGACCUGCUGGAUGAGGUGGUUCCAGGUGCACCUGUCAUACUCUUCCUCCAGGCAGGGAACGUUGCCCCCUUGUAGUGCCUGAACCUCAGCUGAGUCGGGUGGCAGCCUCCCAUUUGUUAAAUGCUACAUGAGGUGACUGGAGCUUCUCUGCCUGUCGCUGAGAGGACAGAUGGAGAGGCCACGGAACGUUCUGGAGAGCCGAUGGUAAUUACGAGCCAGUAGCAGAGCCGGUGGCUUCCGCAGGGAACAGGCCUGAGCGGAAGCGCUCGAGUGGCGUGGGGGGUUGUUUGCCCUUUGGCUGCUCAGCAUGCUGUUGCUCUGCGCGUACAAAUGGAGAAUUUUGAAGAAUCUUCAGGCAGCUUUUUUUCUAUACAACGGUGAUCAAAAGUGAUAUUUACAAUCUGACCAGUCAUUUGCUCAACAUCCGAAGAGCUUCCUGUCUGCAGGUGAUUAAUUACUUUGUCAGCCGUCAGUCUCAGAAAAUGAGAGCAGGUUCUUAGACCUGGAUGAUGCAGUUAAGACUCAAAUGUGUGCAAUACCACAGAAAAUGCCUUUAUUAUCAUUACUGAUUGAUAAAGCGGCCACUUAAAUGGAGAUGCCACAUCCAGCUUUGGCAUCAUGUGACACAUCCAGCUCAGACAGAACUGCCCGUGGAAAUGCGUCUCCUCGGUGUUCCUGCAGAACGUGUGUGUGCUGAACAAAAGCCUAGGUUGUUUACGUCAGGGUAAUUGGUCAUGGAUGGGUCAUUACCUGCAGCAAGAAUACUGGAGAAAAGAAACAAGAAUCCGAAAGAAUCUUAUCAGGUAUUUCCAUGCGGUUGGGUCAUUUGCAGAGAGCACUUCCUCAGAAGCAGCACCUUCACUGCCUCCUCUUCCUCCACGUGGCUGUCGGGCAGGCGAGGGCGAUUGCGUUCCCCUCCCGCGCCGUGCCGCCUGUCCGCCUGUGGGACCUGCUCCGUGGGCUUUUCAUCAGCUGCCAUUUUCACCAGCAUGCAGGAACUCGCAGGACAAGGAUAAUAACCAUUCCUGUUAAUUGUGGUUUGGUGAAGAAACAAGGCCUGUCGCUCUGCAGUCUGAUCUGCCCAACCGUCCCAAUCCAGUCCAAACAGGAAGAAUGGACAGAGAAUCAGAUCGAGAAUCAGAGAAAAUUGUGUACAAGACUCUUUGAAGGAAAUGGAUUGGAUGAAAUGCUGUUGAGGGACCAACACUGAGAAACAUUUCUGGAUGGCAUGAGGGUUGACGUGGCUGUGGUCCAAAAUCAUCGUGCCUGAGACCACACAGAUGGGGAUGAGAUAAAACUUCUUUUUGUGUCUCACAGAAAACUAACAGCAUGGGAGGAUGAGGUGUUGCGCUCAACACCAUUUGCAGAGAAGAAAGACAUGGAGAAGAAACCACAAGCAAACUUCAUCAGUUCUCCUCCUAGACAGCAAAACACAAACUGAAGACGAGCUUCAAAAUGGAGGGAUGGAAAUCAGCAGCGAAAAGAGGAGAGGACGAGUGCAGAGAAAACAAAGAAAUGGAGGAAGAAGGGAAGAAAAAAGGCAGAGAGAAGAAGGUCCACUAGAUGGAGGUCUGGAGGAGGAAGAGGAGGAGUGCAUAUCAGACGCAAAUGAACUCACUGCUAAAGAGGAGUUUUCAGUGGAGGAAAACUUUCCUGCUGACUUUGAGCCAGACAACCUCACCUGUGAGGACAUGGAGUACUUCUGCGGCAAAGGGGGAGAGAAUGGCAACAGAGAAACAGGAGAGACCGAGAUGGAAACAGACAGUGAGAAGACCAGACAACCCUCUCUGGAGCCAGAGGAAUGGGACGGUCCACGAGAGCUGGACCUGUUCAACAAAGAUGGAGAACGACGGAUUCACAGCCGCCAGCAUCUUCCUGUAGGAACCACAUGGGGGCCUUUCGAGGGAAAAAUUGAGCUAAACACAGAUGCUCAGAGCGCUUCCUCUCAGCGUCUGAGUGAUAGUCGCCAGAGCUCUCUCCUCUCCUGCCGAUCAAUCAGGCCAUUAGAGCUCAAUUACCCAGCAGCCCCUGCGCAGAAGACGAAGCCGCAUGUCCCGCUGGUGCUGAACGCAGGCCCCAGGUGGCUGCUGGAUGUGACUUGGCAGGGAACAGACGACAACAAGAACAACUGUGUGGUUUACAGCAAAGGUGGUCAGUUGUGGUGCACCACGACCAAGAACAUGAUGGAAGGCGAAGAGCUGGUGGCAUUCGCAGUGGACUUUGACUCUCGAUUGCAGGCGGUCAAUCACAUGUCUCUCGGUGAGGGCAUGUACCCAGCACGCCUUCUGGACACCAUCCAGCUCCUGCCCCAGCAAGCUGCCAUGGCCUCCAUAUUACCUACAGCUAUAGUCAACAAGGACAUCUUCCCCUGUAAAGCGUGUGGGAUAUGGUACAGGAGUGAAAGGAACCUUCAGGCCCACCUGAUGUAUUACUGCAGUGGGCGGCAGAGGGAACCUGAUAACGUCUCUGAAGAGACUGACGCCAAUUCCCACCAAACUCCCAGUAUGUGCCCUUUCCCACAAUGCAACAAGACCUUCAGCAACCCUCGUGCUCUGGAGAUGCACUUGAGCUCACACAGUGGUGUCAAAAUGGAAGAGUCUCUUCCCCCUGGCACCAGCUUGAAAUGCACAAUCUGUAACUUCACAGCAGAUUCACUCCUUACAUUCCAGCACCACAUCCUUUCACACCUGUCACAGGCAGCCUUCAGGUGCAAUCACUGCCACAUCAGCUUCCAGAACCACAGGGAACUGCUGCAGCAUCAAGACUUACACGGACACUCCGGGAAGAUUCACAGAGAGAGCGACAGCGAGAACUCCCCAAGAGGAGGAGAGGAAAGCCUACAGGCAGCACGAGCAGAACUGUCAGGCAGGAAGGAUGUGGUUAUGCAAAGUCCCAAGAGCACACCUAACAAGGCCAACAGUCCUGAUGGAGAACUCGAAAGACCUGAGAAAAAACCUACCCUCGGCCUGCAGAAGGGAGAAAGUCACCCAGGAAGCAAGGCUAGUUUCUCUUACACCAGAAUCAAGUCGGAACCCUCUAGUCCACGGCUAGCCUCCUCACCGGUCCAGCACAACAUGGGACCAACCUUCCCCAUGGGUCCAUUCCUGUCACAGUUUGCUUUCUCCCAGGACAUUUCUGUGGUACCACAAGCAUCUGAGAUUCUAGCCAAAAUGUCAGAGCUGGUGCAUCGCAGGCUACGCCAUGGAGGGAACAGCUACCCUCCUGUCAUCUACAGUCCUCUCAUGCCCAAAGGAGCGACCUGCUUUGAAUGCAACAUCACUUUCAAUAAUCUAGACAACUACUUAGUUCACAAGAAGCACUACUGCAACAGUCGCUGGCAGCACAUGGCGAAGUCUCCAGAUUUCUCCAGUGUUCCGGACAAGGUGUCCGACGCCAUAAGUCCAAACAGUGGCCACACUUCGGUCGGUAUGCUCCCCGGAUGCCUUCCAUCAGAAACCGACAGUCAUCUCGUGACAACAGCUUGCUUGAAUUCGUCUGUUUUGGAUAUUAUGAACGCUGGUGGGAAAGUGCCAGAAAAAGACCUUCCUGGGCAAGUAAAGAAGGUUACUACACCAACAGGAGUUGAGGAAAGGCUCGGUGGAAAACAGCCUGAGGUAAAGAGUCCCAGCACAUCUUUGGUGGACGGUGACAACGACCCAAACAAGACCACCUGUGAAGCAUGCAACAUCACCUUCAGCCGGCAUGAAACAUUCAUGGUUCACAAGCAGUACUAUUGCGCCACUCGCCAUGACCCACCCAUGAAACGCAUGUCCGCAAAGGUGCCCGCCAUGCAGCGGACCAUGAGAACGCGCAAGCGGAGGAAGAUGUACGAGAUGUGUCUACCUGACCAAGAGCAACGGCAGCCCAUGGGGCCACAGCAGGGAUUCCUGGGUAUGCCCACUCUAGGAAAUCCCUGUACAUCCCAGGAAACGGUAGAAAGUCUGGCUGACCGCUUCCAUCCACGAUGUGACAUCUUUCCAAGCCUUGUCCCGAAACACUUAGAUGCUUCUCUUACCGUCUCCAAGCCUAUCCUUGCCCCCAAAGGUAACACUAUUGCAGACCCACAGGAACUAGAUGCUCCGAUAGAUCUCAGCAAAAAGUGCUCACCUCUUCCUGACAAGUCAUGCAACUCCCCCAAAAGACUCUUGGACUAUCACGAAUGUACCGUGUGUAAGAUCAGUUUUAACAAAGUGGAGAACUACCUUGCCCAUAAACAGAACUUUUGCCCUGUCACAUCUGCUCAGCAUGGCGAGAUCGGCAGUCUGGAGCAGCCGAUGUUCCCGGGCGUCAAGAGCGAAGGCAAUAAUUCGGAAGACAUCUAUGAUAAGAGUUCUGUGAAAUGCGAGAAAAACGGUGGCAACAAGUUGAUGGUGCAAAACGGAGGCAUGUUUCCGCCACACCUCGGGCCGGAUCUGAAAGCUUUCGGUGAUGCAUCGCUCAUGACUUCGAAAGAUGAGAACAAGAACAUGUUUUUGCCUCACUGUCUCUAUCCUGGAGCAAUAAAGAAGGUGAAAGGUACAGAGCCAAUAUCGCCGUAUUUCGGGAUAAAAAGCAGCGACUACAUGGCAGGGAGUCUCGUUAUGCAGGGUGAGGCGGCCGAACAGGAGCAAAGCAGCAACGGCGCAGGUGAGACGGGCACAGAGCCACCUGCGGCCAACGGCUGCCCCCAUCCUGGCAAGGAGCCGCUGCCCCUUCUGCCCAAAAACAGGGGCAUGGUGAUUGUCAACGGUGGUCAUAAAGAGGAUCGCCAGACACCAGCAACUCCCCAGCAAGAGAAUCAGCCUCACAACACCUCAUCACCAGAGGAACAAACCUCUCCCACGUGGGGAGCCGAGAACCCUCCCGACCCAAACGAGAAUGUAUCGCCCACUUCGAAAUCGCCCGUGGAGGAAUCCGUACCUGCCGGAAAAGGCAUAAAUGGAUCAGCGGCGCCAGCAGGCAGUGGAAAGUAUUGCCGCCUCUGUGACAUCCAGUUCAAUAACUUAUCAAACUUUAUCACUCACAAGAAGUUUUACUGCUCGUCACAUGCCGCCGAGCACGUGAAAUGAAAUUCGUUCUUCUCCCCUCGUCUUUUUUGGGUACACGGUCAUGUCUGAAAUAGUGCAUCAUGCAGUUUUAUAUACUGCUUGUGGACAAUCAAGAGAAGCUUCUUCUUUCGUUAUUUGAAGACUUAAUGCAAAAUGAUGAAAAAAAAAAUCCAAGUGUAAUAUUGGUGCCACUUUCACCUUUUAUUUAUUUUACAAUCAGUAUUAUAGGAGUAGUGCUCUUAAUUUAAAUUCAAAGAAAGUUUAUAUCAGAGUUGUUUGUAAUGUUAAUGUAUAGUCAUUCUUGUGUAGCAGACAUAUUGUUUACAAUGUACGUUAGGUUCAAGGAGACAAUAGGCACAGGAUACAAAACUGAAAUGCGUUUUAGACCCAACAAUAGCUACUGGAGCACUUGUGUAUUCUUAUUUGCUGGUACAGUUUUUUGUAUAUGUCAAAAUGUCACUUGCAGUAUGAUUCUCUUGACUUCAGCCUUAAAACAGUUCGGAGGGAUAACCAGGCACAACGCUGCAGCUCAUGUUUUGACAUAUACUGUACACAUGGCUUUGCAUAUAUAUGUUGCUGUUUGUCUGUCUUUUCUUCGACUCGGACGUGGAUGUUUAAAUGAAGAUGGCAGCAUUCUUGUAUAGUACUUGCAUUUCUGUUUGCUGAUACACCUUGUUCUCCCUUUUUAAAAAUUUGCUCUCAGCGCAAUACUUUGUAAAAAAAAAAAACAUAAGGAAAAAAAGGAGGCGGGCGGGAACAUUACGGAAAGCAGUAUUAUAAAGGGGGAAGAGCAGCUAUUUCUUACUCCUGAGAAAAAAAAAGAAAUUGUACAAAGCAGGUUUAUCAGUGGUGAUUAUUGAUGGGUGGGAUGAGACAAGGGAAUACUGUAAAAAUGAUCAUUCCAAUGUCCUUAUGUAAGAAAAAUAUUUCUUAAAAAUGUUGUUGCUAUGCAUGUAUAUGGAUGGAAUAAAAUUCCAGAUCUGUUGGAAAUUUUUA